AUGUGUAAAAAACAUCAUAUAGGAGCAGCAACAUAUCAAAAAAUCAUUGAUAAUCAAAGGCCUCCUGAACCGACUGAAGAGUGGUAUAAAAUCUUAGAAUCUGUCAACAUCUCUGAUCAGAUUUCAAAAAAUAAUCAGGAAUCUUUACAGCUGGUAAAUACUGAGCAUGAUACCUCUUCUUCUAAUAUACAAGAAGAUGAGAUCAUUUAUAUAAAGCAUCUUGGAGAUGAUAAAGAUGAUGCAAAUUCUUAUAUAAGGCUGAAUACAGUAAUUAGUGAACGAAAAGAUAAG